AUGGCGGUUUCCGAAUGUGGUGGGAGUGUGUUAGCUUCUAUUUUAGAGGCUAAUGAGUUGGAUAAAAUAAGCGAAACUGCUAGAAAUAAACUUGAAUGCACUCUUUGCUCAAAAGAAGCAAUAGCCGACGGCCUGAAGACUGAAAUUCAAAAAUUUCGCAUUGAUUACGAGCAACGCUACUUUGAACUUGAAAAGAAGUUGAUUGCAGCUAAGGGCCGAUUCCAGUCGGAAGCUUCUUCUGCUAGUCACCUGAAAAAAGAAAAUGUUGAAUUCGAAAAACAAGUGAAAGAUUUGACAGAGGAAUUGAAAGAAGUGACAUCAUCUCGCGAUAAAAUUGAGAUCACCCACCAGCAGGUCUGUCGUUCCAAUGAUCACCUUGAAACAGAAAAGCAAGACUUACUGGAUGCCCUGGAACGCAAGAAUGUGGAACUUGAAAGACUCAAUGCUGAUUGGAAAAACUUAACAGAAAAAUUAGCAACAGCAAACCAACAGAAAGUUGAGGCUCAGGUUAAACUUGAUGAGAUUCAGAGCCAUGACAUGUCUGCAAAGUAUCGUGAGAAGAGACUGGAGCAAGAGAAGCAACUACUUGCAUCUCAAAAUGAAUGGCUCAACACAGAACUGAAAACCAAGACAAAUGAUUUGCUUGCUGUAAAGAAAGAAAAAUCUGAAAUGGUUCUGGGGCUACAAGCAAAAGUGACCAGUAUGACGGAUGAAGUCCAGCACUUGACGGACCUCAACGAAUCACUAAAGAAAACAAACUCUGACCAGACCAAAAAGAUUGAGAGUUUGAUUCAAAAAAUAAAAGAGAAUUCUGAUGCUCAAGCCCAGUCUGAGGAGUUGUUCCACAAUGAAAUCCAGUCACAGAGUAAAUUAGCCAGCUUAUAUAAGGCCUCUUCUGAAGAAUCAGAAGGAAAAGUAAAAGAGCUGAUCAGGGCCGUUGAAGAGCUCCAAAAAUUGUUGAAGCAGGCUACCGAAGCCCAUACUAAUUUGGAGAAUAAGAUUUCUGAAAUUGAAAAGGCUAAAGAUGAACAGGAAUAUGAGCUUCAAACGAAGUUGAAUACACUUACACGAGAGCUGGAGGAUGCAAAUGAUCUGUUGGCGGCAGCAAAGAAGAAAAGGUUACCUCCUUUGAGUGAGGAGGAGCUAAGUAACUUGUCCCCGACUGCAGCUGCUGCCAGCAAAUUCUUGAAGCCUGGAAUGACUCUAACUGAGAUUUAUAGUGAGUAUGUGAAAAGUACGGAAACACUGCAACAAACAACUGAAGAAAAUCAACGACUGAAUCAUUACCUUGACCAAAUUCUGGAGGAAAUUGAAGAGAAGGCACCUGUGUUGCAGAAACAACGAGAAGAUUAUGAGAAUUCUUUACAGACAACUGAAAUGCUGUCCAUCAAAUUAGACAAGGCUCUCCUGGAAUGUGAGCAGUUAAGAAUUGCUACUGAUGAUUCAGAAAGAAAAGCCUCACAGAUGAUGAGGGAAAAUCGCCGACUACAACAACAGGCAGGUGAUUUGUCCAGACAGAUUCGUGCCCUUCUCAAGGAGACGGCUGAGGCGAAUGGAACUCAUGUGACAGAUACGGAUGGGACGGUGUCAUCAAGUGACAUUUCCAGUUCAUCACAGGUCAUCUCGGAACAUCUGGUGUCAUUUAGAAAUAUCACUGAGCUGCAGCAACAGAAUGAGAGAUUGUUGGCUGUCGUUCGUGAGCUAUCAGAAAAGAAGGAAAAAGAAGAGCGUGAGACCAUUGAGUCAAAGACUUCUGAAUUGAAAUUGCAACUCGACAAAGCUGUCCAAGAGCUCUCUGAAAUGCGUGACACCAGGUCACGGCAGACGCAGAUGGUGGAAUCAAUCGUCCGCCAGCGUGAUAUGUACCGUGUGCUUUUAGCACAGACAGGCACCCCACCACCGGUAAGUGUCAGUGAUGCUUCUGUGUCUGUGCCUACCCCAUCAGCAACAACUGCCGCCCAGAAGAGUCCCGGCUUGCCGCAAAAGACCAGACAGUCCUCCGAUGACACUGCUGCUGCACUGAAACAGUUGAAAGAAGAAUUUGACACAUAUAGAAACGAAAAGAAUGAAAAUGAAAAGUUACUAAAUGAACAACUGGAGACGCUGCGAACUCAAGCCUCUGACUUCAGGGUUCAAAACGCCAAGCUAGCCUCACAGCUUGAUUUCGCCAGUGAACGUUACAAGAUAUUACAAGGCAACAUCGACGGUUACAAAAAGGAAAUAGCUGGUCUAAGGGACAAGGCUCAGAAACACAGCACAGAAGCUAUUAAGCUACAACAGACUAUCAACAGCCUCACUCAAGAUCAACUUGCUUUCCAAGAAAGGCUGUCGCGAGCUGAAGUGUCCUGUGAAAACCUGAGAGCAGAGCGAGAUAUGUUGAAGGGCGUUGAGGUGAGGCUUAGCCAAGAAAAAGAUGCAUUGAUGAGAGAGCACCAGGGACAGAACCUUCUGCUUGCAAACCUAGAAACAAUCAAGAACAACUUGGAGAGAUCAGAGUUUGAGGAAAAAGCCAGGAUGACCAAUAAAAUAGAGAGUCUGGACAGAGAGAUUAGCACGCUUAAGGGAAAGCUGGAAGCUGAGUCUAAGAACCAACAGGCAUCCAACAAAUCAUGGGAGAAACAACUAGAAGAAGCACACGGGCAGUGGAAGAAAGAAAUGGCAAGCCAUCAAGGAACAAGAGAAAAACUGGCCAAUGCUACCGCUGACCUCAAUAGUAUUAAGGAACAGUGUUCCACAGCCGAGGCACAGCUAGCAGCAGCACAAAUCAAACUUGACCAGGCCCUCAAGAAUGGUUCUGGAGGAGAAGCACCAGGAAAGACUGAUGAGUUCAAAGGACUGGCAGCUAAACUCAGACAAUCUGAGGAAGAAUUAAAACGUGUUAAAGAACAGUUACAAAACUCAAAGACAGCUGCAGAAAGGUUCAAGGGUAUGAGUGCAGCCUUUGAGCAGAGCUGUAAAGAACAGAAUGAUGCUUCAAAGACAUUUAAAGAAACAAUGGAAAGAAGAAAUCAGGAAGUGGUUGAAGCUAAUCAAAAGCUGGAGGAGAAAAUUCUAGAACUUGAGAAAGAAAAGGCGGAGAUGAAUUUGCAAAGCACCCAACUGCAAGAACUGGUUAACCAGCAAACGUCGGAACUGCGCAAAAAACUCUCCCAGGCCCAAACCCAACUGCAGGAGGCACUAGAGAAGAGCAGCGUGGCCCAGAGUAGGGAAGAAGCCGCUAGGCAGGAUUGCCAGAGCCAGGCCCAGCUGGCUAAAGAGUGUCAGGAUAAAUAUGAGAGAGAAUUUCUUCUACAUGCUGCUGAUUUGCAACAGCUGGUGACAGUUAAGGAGCAGCUGGAAGGCUACAACAGCAAACUUUCUGAGGCUCAAGAGGCAGGUAGAAAAGCAGAGGAUGCACUGAAUGCCUCAAAGAUUUCUUGGGAUGAACAGUUACGUAUUCAGAAAGAAGAGGUUUCUAGCCUGCAGUCCAGGUGUCAAGAUGUAGAGAAGCAGAAUGCUGUGCUUCAUGAACAGCUUGAAGUAUUGUCAAGUAAAUUUGUUAAUGAGCAGGAAAAGGAUGCUGCCGAUGCCGUCAACAUGUCAUUCAGUGAGGAUAAGUCUGUUGAGCAGUUAUUAGAAGUUAUCCGCUUCGUGCGACGAGAAAAGGAGAUAGCGGAGACACGCUUUGAGGUCGUACAGGCAGAAAGUGUUCGGUUCAAACUAAACUGCAGCUUAUUUGAGCGCAGGGUGGAAGAGACCCAGAAAGCCUUGACGGAUGAACGAGAACGAUCACAGGUUGCAGCUCAGACUCGAGCACAGCAUGAAGAUUUGGUCAGCAAAUUGGAAAAAUUAAAUGUUCUCACUGAUAGUAAUAAACUUCUAAGAGAGGAAAAGGAAAAGUUGGAACAACAACUGCAAUGUAUGGAAGCAAAGAUUAACAAGCUUGAGUCUGAUAUUGCUCCCUUACAAGAAACUAAUAGAGAGCUGAUCGUUCAAAAGUAUACUUUAUCGGCGGAGAAGACUUCAUUGACAAAUGAGGUUACCCGAUGGAAGGAACGAACCAAUAAUCUCAUUGAAAAAAGUAACAAGGCAGAUCCCGAGGAGCAGAAGAAACUUACUGAAGAACGAGAUAAUAAUCGAAAGACAAUCAAGACCUUAACAGAAGAGCAAUUCCGCAACAAAGCUGAAAUAUCUCGUCUCAACUCACAGUUAACAUCAUCUCGAUCUGAGAUUUCAAGAAUGAACCUGACCCACAGUAAUGCUCAAUCACAACACAAGCUUGAACUUGCGAAAGUGAAUGAGGCACUAAAUGCAUCAAAGAAGACAGUUGAAGAGAAGAUAAAGGAUGUGGAAGAACAGAAGAAGACUAUUAAUCAAGUGAGGAAGAUCGGGCGUAAGUACAAGUCACAGUUUGACGAACUGAAGCUUCAGUUUGAUACGCUUCAGGCCAAGGUUAAGGAGGAUGAAAAACAGCAGGCUGCGGCCACGCCCCAAGUUGGUCCAGAAACGGAGAGCAAGCUAAAGACUCUUGAAGAGCAGGUCAAGACUUUAACGGAGGAAACAACCCAAAUGAAAGAAGAGAAUGAGAAAAUGAAGACACAAUUAACAGAAAAAGAUGAGAAAGAAGAGAAGUUUAAAAAUGCCCUGCAGGGUACAAGGAAACGCAUGACAACCCUAAGUAGUAAGUCAAAAAAUUCUGUGGGUUUGAUUUACAGUACACACAGUGUAAAAAGCCUGGAUGACAUAGAUGAGUUAAAAGGUCAAGUGCAGGCUUCUGAAAUCCUGUCAGCAGAGCAGGAUAGGCAGUCAAACAAGGCAAAGGAGGAGUAUCAAAUUCAGCGGAGGAAGCUGGAACACCAACUCAAAGAGGCUAAUGAACAACAGAUGAAACUAAAAAAUGAGCUGGCACAACAGAGGCAGAAGGCACAGAAGGAUUUGGAAGACGUUCAACAAAAGUGUCAAGAGCAACAACGUAUCAUCAACGAUCAACAGAAACAACUACAGACACAACAGCAGCAACAACAAGUCCUGGUAGCAUCAGAGAGACCAAGCACAACAAGAGAAGAACCCCCACCAACAGCCAACAUCAAGCCAAUGGCGACACCCUCUCCCACGACCGCUAAGCCUUCCCCUACCUCAAGCACCUUAAGAGCCACAGCCAGUAUUCGACCAAUAGCAAAGACAGCCUCAUCCGUCUCCUCACCCUCAGUCACACCAACUCCCAUGGCAACGGUCAUGCCGCAAACGCAGGAACCCUCUUCCACUCCGUCCCAACCGCCUCCACAACCGGAGUCAUCGGAAAACGAGCUGUCUACCAUGACAAAUGUGGUCACGGCUACACCGGUGUGGGUUGUGCCUCCAACGCAGCUUGCUCCACCUGUUGCGAUUGCUGAGCCGGUGAUGGAGAGCCAGCCAUUGGCAGAAGAGCCCUCAACGUCACAAGGAUAUGAACCUGAAACCUCCGGUGGAUGUGAGGCUUGCGUACAGGCAGAAAGCACAAGUGUUGCAACCAUUGAACCCUCUACCAGCACAAGGCCAUCUACUGAACCUACCCCCUCUGCUGUAGCUAUGAAGAGGCCAAGAGAUGAUGAUGAUAAUGAGAGCGAAGCAGUACCAACAGAACGAGAAAGCACGCCCCCGCUUGAAAAGAAGCAGAAAGUUCAAAAACAGGGUGAAGCGUCCCCUGAACCAAGUAAGCAAAGCGAUCAGCCGAAGGAAGAACCCGUUCCGGAAGACAGCAAAGAAGCACAGGCUCUUCCCCAAGAAGUUGUCCAGCCGCGCGAGGAUCCUCGCAGGGAGAAGCAGCCACAGCGAGUUACGCAGCAGCAAGUAGAACAACAACGUGAAGCUGUACAACAAGAGGCUAACCAACAGGAUGGUCAGCAGUAUAAACCGCCACCAUGUGUCAACAAUGACGAUGAUGAGGUUCAGUUUGUUGAUAGUGAAGGAGACGAUGAUGCUGGGAUUGGCAUUGCCCUUGGAGAUGAGGAAAGAGAAGAUAGUGAUGUUAUUGUCCUUGAAAGUGAAGAUGAUGAAGAGGUUUUUGAAGGACAACAAAGGAAAGAUGAAGAAGAUGAUGACGAAGAUGAGGAUUAUGAAGAGUACGAAGAUGAAUUUGAGGAAACAGAUAUGGAUGAGAUUGAUGAAGAAGAAGAAGGAAUGGACAGAGGAGAUGAGGAAGAAGAUGAUGAUGAUCCAAUGGAAGAUGAUACAAACGAAGUUGUAGAGAUUAUUGAUGAGGAUGAUGACGAUGAUGUCAUGGAAACACAUCAAGACUCUUCUAGAAGCAGUUCCCAGCAGCAUGUCUCACCCUCUCUGUUAGGUGUUGUACCCCCAGAGCAGAGCCAAUCAUCUGCACCUCUUCAUCACAGAACCGAAAGACUGCCCUCAAUUGGCAGGCCGUCUCUCUUUUAUGCUACCGGUGUGCCGUUUGAAGAUGUUGGAGAUGACCGUCUGGUUCCUAGCACACCAACAUUAUUUGUUCCAAGGUCAGAUGGAGGUUUUGCUGAGGUCAUCAACUCACCAUUGUUACAGGCUUCACGAUUUCACUUUGGUCCUCCUGGUGAAGCUGAGACUACCAGACCAGGUCUAGCACAGCUGGAGACCCAAGAACGCCUUGGUAUGGAUGAGACACGUAUCAACCCAUUGUUAGGGGAUGAUGAUGGUGGACGUAGUGUUCCCACUACACCUUUAUUAGUACAUGCUCCAGAAGUCCAGCCAGCACGCAAGAGUUAGAAAUCGUUGAAGCUGGUGGUAGUGGAGAAGCAACAGCAGCAGCAAGAGCAGAAGACAUUGGGCCUAGCAGCUCAACAAACAAUGGUGGCGAGAAGGAAGCCAAGGAAGCACCCUCAACCAGUGGCCAAGCAGCUGAAAGCUCAACAGAACAGGGAGGUGAGGCUAAGAGUAAACCAAAACCCAUUGUAUGGAAUACCGGCAACCAGGCACAGAGUUCAGGACAUCCAACACAGAGCUCAGCAUCAGUAAGGCCUGCACAGCCAAGGCCCCAGUCUGCUGUGCGAGGGCGACGUCCAAUACAGAGAAAUCAACGAGGAGGAAGGGGGAGGUUCCAACCAGGAAGGGGACGAGGAGGCAACAUGUGAUGCGAUUACCUUAAGAACCAUUUUGAAGGAUAAUUAGAUUAACCCCAGCUGCAAAAACUUUGAUGUAAUCAUUUGUUUAUCAAAAAAAAAAAAAAAAAAUUCUUAACCAAUUACAAGCCCACAAACCCAACAAAAACUGCAAUACGUAUCUGUGUACUGUUUUUUGUGAAGAUAUGCGUGUAAAAUUUGGUGCUUGAUAAAACUUGAAUUCAAAAAUUCAUAAGUUUUUUUUCUGGAUAUGCAUGUUAAAAAUUAUGGACAGCAGUGCUAAGGCGUAUUGUUGCCAUUAAUGUUUAAAAAUAGAUAAACAAGAAACAAAAUCAAUCAUGUAGAGGCAUACAUUUCUUGUAAGUUAGUAUUUCCAAGAGAGCUGCUGUGUUGAGAGAGAGGGGGUGUGGGUGCAUGUCCACCGCUGUUUUGCUAAAUACAGUACUGUACUUUAUAUGUUUUAUUUUAAACAUUAACAGAGUGCUGCACGAUUGUGAUCUUCAUGCUCUUCAAGAAAAUAAAUUUCAUGAUGUGCUCAUGUUUUUGUUAUAUGUACUUAAUAGGUAGGCAUUUUUGUAUCGCAUGAAAUAAGGUUCAAUAAAUUCAAUUUGAAAGUUAAAACACUGAAGUAAAUAUGCAUCUUGUUAGUUAAGAUACUCGCCCUCCAAUCCUUGGGUUCUGUAGAAUACGAUUUGACCAUAUAUGGGAAUGAUGUAAAUAUGUUAUCCAUAUAUAUUGACCUGAUAGUGCUUUAAACACAUUUAAACUCCCUAUGCCUAAGACUUCCAUAUCUAUAAAACAUUGAUCCAUCCUGUAAUGUGAGAGUGCCAUGUCUUUGAAUAUGAAGUGAUGAACAAAAUAAGUGCAUUUUACAUUUCCUGUUGAAUGAGUUAAUCCUCUGCUGGCAAGUUCACCACUUGUACAGUAAAUAAUAGAAAAUCCACCUCUCUCAUUGCUGCUACUGUAUACGGUAAUCAUAUUAGGAUUCACAUUAAGAAAAGGGUAUCUAUCCACAAGACAUGGUUCAAGGUUGGUAAAAAAAAUCAUUGUGUUGAUGAAUGCAGUCUGUAUUUUUUUUACAAUACAGUUGUCAUUGAAUUUCGUGUCCUUAGCAUAUGGGAAUUCUAAGUUUCAGUAUUAAAUGAUAACAGAUGUUAAUUAUGAUGAAUCCAUUUUUUUAUCAGCUUUAUUUUGUAAGCACCUUUUCUAUUUAUGCUGGUUGUAAGAAGUUAGGACAAAUAAAUCACAGCAAAAAAAUAUGAAUAAUUAAAUGUAAUAAUAAUUUUGGUUUCCUUUAUAAAAAAUAACUUUUCAUGUGUAAUUUUUGUUGGACGUUGAAUAUAAUAGCAUGUGUUGAGAAUAAAAAGCAAGCUACUGUACAUCCAAAAA